AACUCCUCAUGUUUUGAGGGAAUUCCUAACGCAUGUAUUCCAACCUCUCAUCCAUCGUCCUGGUAGCCUGGCUGGCUCGCCUAGCCAUGGCCCAAACCUCCGAGGAGCACCCCUUGCUACUGACCUGGAAAUGUACUACCUCAGGAGGCUGCGUGCAACAGAACACUUCCAUCGUGCUUGACAAGGACUCCAAAUAUGCCAAAAGUACCGCAGGCUCGAGAACGGCAGCCGACUACGCUGCCAUGGGAGUUUCUACCUCAGGGAACGCCCUGACCCUGGCUCACUACGUCAAAUCGGGCAGCCAGCUCAAUCCCGCGUCUCCGCGCGUUUACCUCCUGGGUGACGACGGCAAAUAUGUUAUGAUGAAGCUUCUCGGCCAGGAACUCUCUGUAGAUGUUGACUACUCAGACGUGCCUUGCGGGGAGAACGGCGCUUUUUAUCUAUCAGAGAUGGCAGCCGACGGCAAGGGUAACGCUGCAGCCGGAACCGGCUACUGCGACGCGCAGUGCCAGGGCUACUGCUGCAAUGAGAUGGACGUGCUCGAGGCCAACUCCAGGGCAACAGCUAUGACAGGCCACCCAUGCAAUGGCAACAAUUGCGACAAAGGUGGCUGCGCAUACAACCCAUACCAGAGCGGGCAGCGCAACUUUUGGGGACCUGGCCAGACAGUCGAUACGUCGAAGCCUUUCACGGUCAUUACGCAAUUCCAAGCCAGCGGUGGUAGGCUGUCGUCCAUCACGCGCAAAUAUGUCCAGAACGGGCGACAGAUUACCAGCGGUUCGAUUUCCAACUGUGGCUCCGAAGGGUCGACUGGUGGUCUAGCCGGCAUGGGCGCGGCUCUUGGGCGCGGGAUGGUGCUGGCAAUCAGCAUCUGGAACGAUGCUACACAGCAAAUGUCCUGGCUUGACUCUGGUAACAAUGGGCCUUGCCGCAGCGGAGAGGGAAGUCCAUCCAACAUCCAGGCUCAGCACCCUGGCACUCACGUCGUCUAUUCUAACAUAAAAUGGGGCGACAUCGGAUCUACCACCAGAGGAUAG